AUGUGGGCAAUUGUGCCAAGCAUUAAUAUCGACAUCAUUAACACCGACCAAUUCAUUCACGCAUGUGGAAAAGAUAUAGAAACCAUAAAGAUGUCAGCAAGCGGCGCCACUUCUGGCGCUUUGCUCUUUUCGGGAGCUACAUUGCUCGUUUCUUUGGUAGCAGCAGCGGCCAUAUAUUCUCAAGUCAAUUCGAUAUGGAGCGAGCUGGAUGCUGAAAUGAACAAUUUCAAGGUGCUCACUGAUGAUCUUUGGAAGGAUAUGAUUGGCCUCGGAGCUGGCACCCCGUCAAACCGCUUAAGACGUCAGUCUUAUGGUGGUUACGCAGCAAGUGGAGCACAGCCUCCAGCUCCUACACCGCUUUCAAGCUCCGUAAACGCAUAUGGAGGAGGUGCGCCGCAGAACUCGGAUUACGCUGGAAGUAGCAAUACUCCCCUUAGCAAUCCAUCUUCAAACUUUGGAUUCCCAACCGGCCCAGGUAGUUUCGUUCCUGGUGGGAACGCACGAUGUGUUUGCACUAUGGAAAGCAGCUGCCCACCUGGAGCUCCGGGUGCAACAGGUGAACCGGGUCCUGACGGACUCGACGGUCUUGAUGGCAUCCCUGGAUUUGAUGGUCUCGAUGCAGAAGAUAUUUCAAAUGAGGCGCCUCAAGGAUGUUUCACAUGUCCGCAAGGUUUGCCUGGACCGCAAGGACCCUCAGGCCCUCCUGGAAUUCGCGGCAUGAGGGGAGCAAAGGGCCAGUCUGGAAGACCCGGAAAGGAUGGUAAUCCUGGGAUGCCUGGAGAAAUGGGACCCCCUGGACCUCCCGGGGAAGAUGGACAUCCAGGGAAACCAGGAGACAAAGGUGAUGACGCAGAGAAACCCGUGGGACGACCUGGUCUCAGAGGGCCUCCUGGAGAUCAAGGACCGGAAGGACCUGAGGGCACGCCAGGAAGAGACGCCUAUCCUGGACCCCAGGGUCCGAUAGGAGAGCCAGGAGUUCCAGGAUAUCAAGGAGCAGCUGGUCCAGAUGGAGAGGAGGGGCCGCCAGGACCUCAAGGAGACGUUGGCAAAGACGCAGAAUAUUGCAAAUGUCCUGAUCGCGAAGCACACAGACCAUUGCAAAGCCCUCCGCACGGAAGCGGCUAUGGAAGGAAGAAAUAUCGCAAACACUGA